UAUAAGCUUAACAAAUCAAAAUGAACAAGGCAUUAAUGACCAAUUUCAGCUUCUUCACCUACUCCACAAAUAUGCAGUUGACCAUCUUUGAGAAACAAACUACACAAGGUUUAGACAUUCCGGCGUCACCGGCGGCGGAGGAGAACCGGGGUCGUAGGAAAAGUUACAUGGCAUCAUCAUCAUCGGGACGUCGUCCGAGGUGUACGUGUUCGAGCCGUCCGGGUUCAGCACCUUGUAGCAGGCAUGGUUACAUGGUGCCAAAGCAGAACUUGAAGAGAUAUAGUGCUAAUAAAGAGAUAUUGAGGAGGGCAUUGACUCCUUCACCAAAUCGUAAGAUGACACUUAGGUGGUGGAACUUUAAGCCAACACCAAGCAGGCUUUCUAACAUGUCUAUGGCUUAAGGUUUCAGCUUUUGUUUCUUUUCAUUUUGUUUUACCAGUUUUGACAUUAGGGGAUUUAUAGUUUAUAGAGAGUGUAUAUGUAAAUGAAUUUGAUUGGUUGGUUAAACUUUGAUUUUGUAUAUCAUAGACUGGAAUUUUCAGCCCUUUUUUUUGGGGGGUCUUUCAGAUAAGUUUCUGGAAACCUUAAAA